AUUGCGACAUGCCAGUUUGGAGGAAUGUCUCGGGAUUUGUCGUCAUCACCCCCCAACCAGCCCAACAACCGGCCCACAUAACUGAGAUCCCAUUUUGCCACCAAUUCUGGGAGAUUAAAAUCUGGAUCCCUCCUACUGGUACUGGUAGAAGCGGACGCGAGACGUCAGACACCAACCAGCUAGCCCAGCAACCUCCACGCUCUCAGCCCGCACACCCGCGAACGGGACCCUCACUCUCAACCAUGGCCGCCUCCCCGAGCCUCCGCGCGGGAAUUUCGCUCGUCGUGCUUCUCGUCGCCGUCGCGACGAGCAGCAGCCACGUGGCAGCGAGCUCCCACCUGGCGGAUUUCGUGAAAACGACGGUGAAGUCGCACCCUGUGGUGGUGUUCUCCAAGUCGUACUGCCCGUACUGCCGGCGCGCCAAGGCGGUGUUUCAGCAGCUGAACGUGGUGCCGCACGUGGUGGAGCUCGACCAGCGCGACGACGGCCAGGAGAUCCAGGACGUGCUCAUGGACAUCGUCGGCCGCCGCACCGUGCCGCAGGUGUUUGUGGGUGGUGAGCACAUUGGCGGUGCGGACGACACGGCGGACGCCUUUGCAGAGGGCACACUGAGGAUCAAGGUGCGCGCUGCUGUCAACACACACUCCGACCUCUGAGGGGCUUGCGAGUGCUAGAUGCAAGGAGGCAAUGGCAGGGGGCAAGGGUCCAGGAGACAAGGUGGGGAGGCGGCAAGGUGGCAAGGGAGGCAAGAUACGGUAUGGGGCGCCUCAGAAUGUGAUGUUGGCUGCGGCCUGCAGCACUCUCUCCUGCCAGGUCUCUCUCCUGUGUUGGCACUUUCUCUUGGUGGCUAGGCCCUCGUGUUGCCGGACUAGGGAUUGGGAGAUGUGGUAACAUGCUGUACUAUGUUCAGAUUGCAUGUGAGAUCAGAUUGUUUCGUCCAUGAUGCUAGAGGCACUUCCAUGUCUCUUGUUCCUGAGUAGCACC